AUGACUGAGACCACCUUCCUGGUCGUUGGUGGCGGAAUUGCGGGCGUCACUUGCGCCGAAACAUUGGCGAUUUGUUGCCCUGCUGCUUCCAUUUUGCUAGUCACCGAGUCCAGUAUUGUGAAGACAGUCACCAAUCUGGUUCCCAUUGCCAGAUAUCUGCACCAAUUUGAUGUGCGUGAGAAGUGCGUCGAUGACAUGAGCAGUGGAAUUGGCACCAUUGUCGAUCAGUUGUUGGAAGUAAAUGCCACACAGCAUUGGGUGCGGACGAAAGGUGGCAAGAAAAUCACGUAUCGUUAUCUCUGCCUGUGCACUGGAGGAGCGCCGAGGUUAUUUGCUGGGGAGCAGGUGCAGAAAUACGAACGUGUUGUGGGCAUACGGGACACUGACUCCGUGCUGCAACUACAGCGUUUACUGGGCAAUGCGAAGGAUGUGCUCAUCCUGGGCAACGGCGGCAUUGCCAGUGAAUUGGCAUACGAACUACACGACGUAAACGUGCAUUGGGUAAUCAAGGAUAAUCACAUAUCGGCCACGUUUGUUGAUCCAGGAGCAGCCGAAUUCUUUCAAAUUUCGCAGCAGGGCAAGGAAGAGGCGGCUGCCAAGCCGGCGCCGUCUACGGUGCUCAAACGAAUGCGCUACAGUGAAAUGGUGCCAACGGAGCAGGAGCAGCAAAAAAAACGCGGCGCCGCUCUGGGUCCCGACUGGCAUCGCAGUUACGACUUGUGUGGUCAGGCUGGUGGCGAGCAUCGACUGCCCAAGAUCUAUUAUAAAUCGUACAUAGACCGACACGAAUUACUGGAAAACGGACUGCGUGUUACGCUUCGCUAUGAAGACGGCAGAAUGGAGCAAAUAAACUGUGAUUUUCUAGUCUCGGCAACGGGGGUUGAGCCGCGUCAUGACUUUGCCACCGAUUUGCCACUAACACUUGCUGCUGAUGGCGGCAUUGCUGUAGACGAAAUGAUGCGCACAAACCUGACCGACGUGUAUGCGGCUGGUGACGUAUGUUCAGCAAAUUGGCCGCCGGCAGAGCAUUGGUUUCAGAUGCGGCUUUGGACGCAGGCCCGACAAAUGGGUGGGAUGGCAGGACGCAGCAUGGCGGCCGCUUUUGAGGGCGAGACGAUCUAUCAGGAUUUCUGCUUCGAACUUUUCGGGCAUGUGACACAACUCUUUGGCUUCCCCGUCGUGCUGAUGGGCCGCUUCAACGGACAAGGAUUAGGUCGCGACUAUGAGCUGUUGCUACGUUGCACGCCAAACAAGGAAUACAUCAAGUUUGUUCUGCAGAACGGCCGAUUGCGCGGUGCUAUACUGAUUGGUGAUACCGAUCUGGCCGAGACUUGCGAGAAUCUGAUAUUAAAUGCCAUCGACUUGUCGCCAUUUGAAAAUAUACUAGACCCAAACAUAGACAUUGAAGACUAUUUUGAUUGAUUUGUAAAAUCGUUGAUAAUUAAAUUAGUUAUUUAUUAAAUUUGUAUAAGCAUUACA